GUACAGAAUCUGGCCCGGCGUGAGCAGCUGUUGCAAUAGCCCGCCUGGAACUGACAUGAAACAAAGGCUUGAUCGGAGCAUGCAUGCAUGCAGCGCUGCGAAGAAAAAAGCAGGUCUUGACCCGAGCGCGGAUCUGGCCCCGCGGCCUUCUGCAUAAUAAAUAAGCCCUGAUGAUAUGACUAUUACUAUACUAGGCUAGCUUGACACACACACAACGGUAACGAUUGGGCGUUGGAUCGGUCUACAUUAUGCACGUAGACCUGCACUUAGUACAGUGUGCGCAUAAUGCGUCCUUUCGUGCAUAUGGUUCGUGUAUACGCAGUAUAUAGUCCAUAUGAACGCUGUACCAAAUUAGAGCGGUCUGAAAACACUCACGAUUCCUGCUUUUUACCACAUUGUUUUGUUGAGUAAAAUAGCAGAACUAUAUACAGUUUUGAAGGUAAAGGACUUUAUUGCGGACUGAUUGUGUUUACAGGAGGGCUACAGUCCAAACGGCAUGGCAAAUUCGGGCUCAAAUUCGCACCUUACUCCAAGUCGAGGAACUAAUUGGAGCCCUGAAGAGAUUCGCUCACUCAUCGCAGUAUGGAGAUCGAGUGAUAUAAAAAAUGGCCUGAGCGGACCUCGAAACCAAGAAACUUACGAGCUCAUGUCUACGAGGUUGAUCGAUAGAGGCUGUGCACGAGAUUCCCAACAAAUUCGGAGCAAGAUUAAGAAGCUGAAAAUUGCAUACAAGAAUGUCUUGCGUGGCAGGGAAAGCCGAAAAUCUUGCCCAUAUUUUCAAGACCUCAGUGCAAUUCUCGGGGAUGGAUCUUCGCUUCGUGAUCGCCCCAAUCGCAGGAAAAAUUCCUCGUAUUCGAGUACGAGGCAGUCGAGUCGGAGCAUGGUGCCUCAUCGAGCAUUUCGAUCGUCAACCUCAACUACAUACAACUCAUUCGACGGGGAAACAGACCCAGUUGCUAAAGUGUUUCGUGAUGCUGCAAACUUUGGACACAAGUCUCCACCUCACACAUCUAACUCUUCAUCUUCGGCUUCUGGUGUUGCUUCUCCUGUUCAUGCAAGCAGCACUGUGGCACUUAACAACCAUUCUGAGGCUACUAACGGUGUCCACACAGAAACUAACCAUGUUGAUACAGAAGAAGCAACAGCGACCAUGGAUAAGGAUCUGUAUAGCACAUCCUUGGUGCGUAAACCAGCCAUCAGUGAGCUUGAGAAGAUUUCCAGCCAGUUUGGACUGUGUCUUGGAGACCCUAAGGUAUUGAAUGAAUACCAGGAAGCCAUGGGUGAAAUCUUGAAGAAGAUCAACAGACUUGACCGGUUGGCCGAGCCCACCUUGCCCGUCAAGUAUCCUAGGACUCCAGGAUUUCGUCCUUUGCCAGAGGACAACCCAUUCAAUGCCUGGUUCUGGCGGUGCAAUAUCAAGGGUGCCCCGAGUGGAAGACUCUCCCGCAAGCGUGUGGCCAUCAAUGACAACAUAGCUGUAGCCGGAGUUCCAAUGAUGGCUGGCUGCCAUGCUCUUGAGGGCUACGUGCCAGACUUUGAUGCUAUCGUAGUCACCCGGAUCCUUGAUGAAGGUGGCACCAUUCUGGGAAAGUCGAUGUGUGAGAACCUGUGUUUCUCUGGAGGAAGCUUUACGAGUGCCAAAGGACCAGUGUGCAAUGCUUACAAUGUGGCCAAGAGUGCAGGAGGGUCGAGCUCCGGUGGAGCCGUAUUGGUUGCGUGCAAUGAAGUUGACAUGGCAAUUGGUGGAGACCAACGAGGCUCCAUCCGCGUUCCUGCCAGCUGGAAUGGAAUAGUUGGACUCAAGCCUAGUUAUGGUCUCGUGCCAUAUACUGGGGCUAUGUCCAUAGACCCAUCCCUGGACCAUGUUGGACCAAUGGCACGCAGUGUCCAUGACUGUGCUCUGAUUCUUGAGGCAAUUGCUGGUCACAAUGAUGGCCUGGAUCCCAGACAGCCCCGUAGUAUCGUAGUACCAGAAUACACCAAGGAGUUGAGCCAGUGUAGCCUGGAAGGAAUCAAGAUCGCCAUCUUGAAAGAAGGAUUUGGUCAGCCUGAGUCUGACCCGAAGGUUGACACCCUGGUGAGGAAAGCCAUAGAUCAGCUAGCCUAUGCUGGAGCUCAGAUCACAGAGGUCUCUAUACCUCUCCAUGUUGAAUGUACAAACAUAUGGGCAGCCAUUGCUUAUGAAGGACUACUUGAUAACACCAUUAUGACCGGAGGUGUUGGCACAGGAUACCGUGGCUUCUAUCCUACCAGUAUGAUGAGUUCAGCUGGAAAAUCACUCAAAGCUAGGGUCAAUGACCUCAAUCAUUCUCAGAAGAUUGCAAUGCUGAUGGGGCAAUACAUGAAGACCAACUACCAGAGCCAACUCUAUGGCAAGGGCCAAAACAUACGCCUACUCCUCACCCAGGCCUACGACGAUGUUUACAAAGAUUAUGAUGUCAUCGCCAUGCCAACCGUCCCAUUUACUGCCACCGACCUACCCAAAAAGAAUUGCUCCUUGUCAAAAUUCCUUGAACUGUCGACCAACAUGAUGACCAACACGAUGGCCGCCAACUUGACCGGUCAUCCCUCACUGACCAUCAAUGCAGGAUACCUGGACACCCAACCUGUGGGUCUUCUCUUGACUGGACGUGUCUUUGAAGAGGUCUUACUCCUGCAGGUGGCGAGUACCUUCGAGAAGGUCAGAGAUGAAGCGUAAGGCAGUGCCGUGCCAUUCACACCCGAUUCAUUCCAGUGUAUCGACAGAAAGAUUGUGCCUGUUGUUGUUUGCUUGUAAAAACAUUAAGGAAAGGUUAUAAUGAAUUUUAGAAAAAGGUAUUAGGUGUUUACUGCACAAUGUGUGGUUAAUCUUUCACCACAACUGUUUAGUUUAGAAGAUUUGAAGUGGACAGAUGAGGAAGAUGAAUAAAGUGGAAAGUUCUGUCGGGGAUACUAUUUAGAAAUGAUCAGGCCAGAAAACCAUCCAGAGUGGGUCCUUUGGUAUGCAUAUAAAGGUAUAAUGUAGGGCCUGAAAAUAAGAUGCCAAGGUUUUGCCCGACAGUUGCAUGACUGUAAUUCCACUAUUCUGAACCCAACUGCCUUUGUCAGGAAUAACGGUGUAAAUCCAUGCAUGUUAUGCAACCUAUAACAUAAGUUCAAUUGAUACAAAAGAUAAAAAAUCAAACAAGCAGGUCACUUAAAUUUCAUUAUAAUGAAUGGUAAAAUUAGGGUUGUGGCAUUUUGAAAUUUCAUUUAUCACUAUAAAUGCCACAGCGUGAUAUGCAAAUUAAGAGUCGAUGUCACACAUUCACUUUGUCUUCUGUAAUUUAUUAUAUGACAUGAAAUAUUUGAUUUUUCUAGAUUUGAUAAUUCUACAUGCUGAAAGUGUAGUCCAACCAUGUUUUACAUUGUUGGUGAAAAAAUGAAACAUUUCAUAUUUUAUGUAAUUAAAAUAGAAAAGUGGGUGUUUGACAUCACAGAAUCCCUCAGAAACCAUACCUUACAAUGUGCAUAUUUAUUUAUUGAAAUCAACUUGUUGUUGGGGUGGACUUCUCCUUGAUAAAACUCAUCACAUAUAUAAGAUCAAGUCCACUGUUGGAUUUUAGUGUUGACAUGUGCCUGGCUGCAACUGUUUACAAUGUGGGAAAGAAUUGCACUAUUUUGGUAUAAAGUAAAACAAUGAAUUUAGGACAAAAUUUUUGACAACGGGAGAAGCACCCUAAUGCAAAUGAUUACUGUGUAUUCACUUUGAGCAUUUUGUAUAUUGUAUUUGUCCACUUCAGUAUGCAAAAUUAGAUGUUUUCAUUACUUUUAUUCGAAGUUAUUUGGGAGUCAAAAGAUGCACAUGAAGGUGUUGAGAUGUUGCGAUAUCAGAUUGAUGGGAUAUUGAUUUGAGAUUCAAGAAAUAUGUAAAUAAAACAAAAGCAUUCCACUACUCUUGCCAGAGUCGGGCUUGGUAGUUCUAUACGUUUUAUGUGUUUGUGUUGAAGUAGAACAGACUUUGUACAUCUGUUAUGUUCCAUAGAUAUUUCUUUUAAGGACAAGUUUUACAUGAGAAAGGACAAUUGUAUGAAUAAAAAGAGGGUGGUUUCAAUAUUUUAUUUAAAAUGAUUAGCAUUAUGAAACACUCCUUGGAUGGAAAGGUUGAUAUAAUUUUUGUGAAAAGAGAGAUACCACCAACAUUGAAAUUCAUCAAUACUGGACUAGUGUAUCAUUUUUUUUUAAAUGUUAUAUUUCUAAACACAUCAUUGUCGACAAAUGUUUUCUCAACAAUAUCAAGAAAGUGCCAACUUUUUAACUGCAAUUGUGCAAAAACUGUAGAUUUUGUGCAGAUGUCAUCAAUGACCUGAAUUGUAUGUAGAAAGCUGCACUGCACAAUGGAUCUAUCACCUUGUGGAUGGCUAUUAUAUGUGAUUUCGUAAAUGUGUGAAAGAAAAAAAAGUAUGGUGUAGGUAUUUAAAAUUGCACUUUGUAGAUAAGGUUGGAUUGCAAAGAGACAAUGCUAUAAUGCAUCUGUAUUACUAUUAAGCACAUUGGUUGUUGGUAAUAUGUUAUGUUUUGUAUAUGAUCUGACUGGUUUCAAAAUUUUCAAUACCAGAGUAGUGAAUUACUUAAUUUUGAUGAUUUUUAAUAAUGAGUAUGAUACCUAUCUCAGCAUAAAUACAUUUAAAAAGGGAAGAUCUUUAAAGGAAAAGUGGAGGACUGUGCAAUUUUGAUUUUGAGGUAUAAUUUUCAACUUUCUGAUAUUUUCAAAACUGGUUCCACCAAUAUGUCUUGGUAAAUAUAAAAGGAUACAGCGUGUGUGGAAGAAUCUUGCUUUAAUAGAAGCCUGCGGUGGAAAUUAGCUGUGAUUUCUCACUGAUUGAGAAUUACCAUUUGAUACAAUUAACACAGAAAAUCAAGGAAAAUAUAAAAAACAGAAUUUGAUUUUGUGAAGCAAAGAAAUCGAGGCUCAAUUUUAGACAUUCAAAAUUUUCAUUCUAAUUGUACAAUUUUAGAAAAGCACUCUGUUAUAUCUUGUUCUCUAUCAAUUUUAAUAGCAUCUGUGUUGUGCUGCACAAAGUCUGUUGCCAAAACGAGCACUCUUGUAAUUUUAGCAAGCCACAGUCUGUUUACAUUUUGUGAAAGUCUUGCAAUUAAGUGAAAACUAAAGCAAACAAUGUAUUCAUCAAUUUCUGUUAUACUUUAUUUUGAAUUUCAAUUAUGGGUACUUAAAAUUUUGAAUUUGUUACAACAGUUGAUAAUUAGUUUUGAUUUGAAUUUUUAUUGAAUUAAAUUUCAUUUCCCCUGCAAGUAAUGAAUAGUUCCAUAGCCAGUAUUCAAUUUGUUUUCCUCCAAUAUCCUUUAAUGGCAAGUUGUCAGAAUUAUUUGGAUUUAUGCGUAGAUAAAAUGCAGUUUCACCAAACUGUUGAUUUAAGAAUUUGAAGUCAAUGCUAUCAAUAGCUUAAUUUGUUCCCCUUUCUUGUCUAAAAAAAAAGAAUUUCCAGAGCUAGCUUUUGUUUUAAAUAAAACUUUUUUUUUUAUCCUUGUGACAAAAUAUGCACAUUAGGCCUACUUAUGUUAAAAAAAAGGUUGGGCCAUUUUGACGUGUCAAAUUUUAUGAAAUCAUAAUAGCAAGUCGUGAAACAUUGCAGUGAGAGAUUCUCACAUUUGAAUUUUAUCACAAACAUGUCUUCGGGUUUAGACAGAUUAGCCCACUCUGAUUAAAGUGUUGCAUUCGGCUCAUGGCAAUUUAAAACUUUGACAUCGAUCUCAAAUGUGUGCUUGGGAGACGGGUAACAGUCACUCUCAAAGUUGUGAUAAGAUAGGGCCAUGACCAUUUUGUCAUGGCAUAUGUUUUGAACAUUGUUUCUUACAUACGCAAUUGUAACUCGUAUAAAAGGAUGAUAUCAGUCAUUCAUAUCCACAAAAGUUGAAUCUAUGGAAGUAUAAUUUGAAGGAAGAAAAAGUGAAAAUCAAGUUGGCACCUAAUAAUUUACUUGUUCAUAACCAAUCUUGCCUCAAAGUUGAUUCUUAUUUCUUUUACGAGAGAAAAUACAAAAUACCAUAUACAUUGCAAAAUGUCAUUGAACACAUAUGGACUCACAAGCAAAACUGAAAACAAAUUGCAAAUGAAGAACAAUUUUCCUCAAAAUAUUCAAUGAAAAUUUUAUUCAUUAAUCCGCAUCAUGAUUCCUUGUUUUACCAAUAGAUAACAAAGUAUAGAUACAUAUAGAGCAAGCAUGUUCAAAUUGAUUUCAGAUAUUUCUUAUUUACAAUAUGUUGGUAAUGUUGAUAAGACGUGGUAAUUUCAAGUUUACAACUUUCCUCUCGUACAAAAAUACUGAUAAUGGAAUGAGUAGGUGUUAAAGGGAUUUUUUUCAUCAACAAAAUAUUUAAAAGAAAAAAAGAAAACACAAAUAAGCAGUUAACAUUUUUUUGAGACAAAGAAAAACAGAUUAAAGAAAGAAAAUAAAUGUGUUACACUACAAUCACAUCUUUUAUUAUAGACACAUUCAGAUUAUUAAACAAGUUAGACAAUUAACAAUUUGGUAAAUAUUAUUUUUUAACUGUGUCAGACCAAUUGAUACUUUUUCUGAGCUUGAAAAGUAACUUGGUAUGAGAAACAUUGGAAAUAAAGUAUAAAAGGCAAACACUUGAUAUUUUUUUAUAUCAAGAUAUUGACCUCAAGUAUCAUGGGUAAUUUCAUAGACAGUGGCGGAUUUAUCAUCCAUUUUCUAAGCUAGAAAGUAAGGAAAAGAAAAAUGUUGGAGGUACAAACAAUUACUCUUCAUGAAUUAUCAAGUACAAACAUUACCACCAAAAUCAUCCGGCACCAUAUUUAGUUUUAAACUUGAGUAAGGGGAACAUUGUCAAGGUAGAUUCUCAUGUAACGGUUUGGAAAACGAUUGAUGGCAAUGACUGCAAUGUACAAUUUAUCGUGAAAAUCCAGCGUGCAAUUGAUUGCUAAACUUUUGUGUUUACGGUACCCUGAUAAAACAUUUAGGUGCCACUGCUCUGAGUUUACAGGUACUUCUCUUCCAAUCCUCGAACAAGUAGGGUCUCUCCUCCGAUCUUUGGCCCGUUUCUCUCCUGUAGUAAUGACAAAUCAAUGGUAAAUUGCUGGGGUGAAAAACACUCCUGUUCCUGUGAAAUAAUCACUGUAAAUCAUUUGUAGAAGCAAACAUUCUGUAUCUUGGCAAAUUGCAAUAUGUACAUACUUUUUUUUUUUGGUGUAAGUUAUAUCUUGCCAAAGCCUGAUGACAUCUCUGUCUCAUGUCAUGUUUUGUUUGAGAUUCUACCUUGCAUAUGUAGAAGUUGAAAUGUUGCAAGGGGACUAUUGGUACACAAAUGAUUGUAAAUAUACUUGCAGGUGGUAUCCAUGUUUGAUGUACGUGCCAAAUGUGAUGAUGUAUUUCACAGCUUUCUUUGAUAUCGGGUUGCUUGUAGAUAAAUGCUGGAAAUAUUUUGAUGAAUUUGUAUAAAUCAGCACAUGGAUAUUGACUUGUGAAAUGUUAUUAGACGUGCAGUGCAAAAGCAGCAUUAAAACUUGUAAUGGAGAUAUUCUGUGAUGUGAGCCAGAUAUUAGUUUUGAUGUAUAAUUACUUUAACGAGGGUAAAAAAGGGUGAUGAGUAUUAUCUUUCACUUACAUGUUCGGGAACAAUGACAAUUUCUUAUUUGAUUUCGAUACGUCACGAUUGUUCAAAGUUUGUAUGAUGGCUAUUUCAUGACGAACAUGAUUCUAUGAUUAUAAGCAUUCACAUAUUGUUUUAAUGCGACAAAUAUUGUACUUGCAAGAAGGGGCAGUGUUCUUUUUGUAUCUUUUGUGAAAUAUGUGUAAUAUGUGUUUUUCAAAUUAUUCUUGCACAUUGUAUGUCAUCUGUUGCCAGUGUGGUAUUUGUUUUAUAGUCAUUAAAUGUUUUUAUGUGCAAAGAAAA